ACGUAAAACCUGGCCAGGACAGCGCGUCUGGCCAUAAACGCACCAAAUCCGGGGGUAUUCUGGGCGGAUUUCUGAGGUCGUCUUCGUCGUCUUCGUCAAAGGGUCUUACAGGAUCGUCGCCCUCAGCACCGACGGGCAGCGAGGGGACACAUGGGCACGACGACCAAGGCGCCGUAAAGGGGUCAUCCAUGGCAAGGGCACUGCGCCAGACCCAGGGCGGCCGCCAGAGAAAAGGCUCGCUGCGAAAGGCGGCCAUGGCCCGGAUGCGCGAGCGAAGCAGUUCCCUACGAAAAACUGCCAAACCCUCCAUUGUCACCAGUUUCGACAAGCCGCCGCUCAACUCGUCGCCCGCCGACACCACUGCCUGGGUGCCCGCCAUCCAUCUGCCCUCCUCCCCGACCGAGCCCACGUGUGUGUCACGUGACGUUCCAGAGCCGCCUUCCUCUCCGCCAUUACUCGCAUCGCCAAUCGAGCCCAUGGCGAGCCCUGCGGCGCCCUACGCCUCGACCACCGACGACGACGACGUCAUGUCCUUUUACCGUCCUCUGGCCGCGAGUAGCGAUUACUCUUCCUUCGCAGUGCCGAGCCAGGGCCCUGUCACCUCUCUCGCACACCGUCGCUCGACUCGCAGCAACCGGCGCACGUCGAUUACUGCGCUCGUGACACCUGCCGAGCUUGACUCGGACGACGAGUGGGAUUACAGUGAGACCGAAUGGUGGGGCUGGGUUGUGCUAAUAGCGACGUGGAUAGUCUUUGUUGUAGGAAUGGGCUCCUGCCUCGGCGUAUGGAGUUGGGCGUGGGACGUGGGCGAGACACCAUAUGCACCACCCGAUCUGGAAGACGACGCAACCCUGCCCAUCACUGGCUACUAUCCCGCCUUGAUUGUCUGUACGGCUGUGACCAGCUGGGUGUGGGUCGUCGUCGCCUGGGUGGGCAUGAAGUAUUUCCGCCACGCCAAAGUCGGCGUAGACGGUUAGCAAGCCAAGCAGGGCACGCAAACAACAAUUUCUAUCAUCUAAACAUUGCA